AAAAAUAGGACCAACUCAAUACAUUCAUUAUCCAACAUUUGAAACCAAAGACAAGAAUAGAAAAGCUUCACAGAUAUAUGUUUAUGGUAUUCCACACACAUAAAUUUAGAUUAAUAUGGAGGAUUCGUCUCUUCUUAGCCCAAUCUCUCUCUUCACCAUUGUCAUCUUCUUGUUCAUUCUCAAUCUCAUGAUGAUUAUUCAAGACUUCUCUUCUUAUUUUCCCUAUCGUUUCCAUCUCUUCUUAUCUAAUGCCUACAUUCUCUUCGCCUCAACAAGAAACAAUAAGCAGAAGACCGAGCUCCCAAUAAAAAAGAAAGCCUUUGUCCCGAACCGAGUAGAAAACAAGACGUCCGUGGAAGAAGUCAAGGCCAUGAUAAACGACUCGGAAGCUUUAUACGAACGUUUGAUAGAAGAAGGAGAAGAGUACUUGUUUGAGAAGAAUGAGAUGAUGAGUAAGGAGUUAGUGAAAGAGGCGUUUAGGUUAUUUGAUGAGAAUCAAGACGGGUUUAUAGAUGAAAAUGAGUUGAAACAUGUGUUGGGUUUGUUAGGAUACGAUGAGUGUACAAAGAUGGAAUGUAGGAAGAUGAUUAAGGUUUUUGAUGAGAAUGGAGAUGGGAACAUUGAUUUUUAUGAGUUUGUGAAGCUCAUAGAGAAGAGCUUUUCGUGAAGUAGAGCUAGAUUGGAAUAAUAAUAAAAAUUAACUAUGUUCUAAAUUCUAAUUGGUGACUUGUCUAAAAUACUUUUUCUUCUUUUUUUCUUUUUUUUUUUUGUUGGUCGUCCUCUAAUAAACUUGUUUAUGUUGAUGUAUAUAAUAUAGUCAUGCUUCUGUGAAUUUCGGAGAAACUGAUAAUACAAGGAAAAGUAUCC